AUGACGGGUCGUACGGAAAAAGAGGAUAAGUGGAAGAAAGUUCUGACGUUGCAACGAAAGAGGAUGGCCAUUUCGCUGAUUACCGCCUCGCAUCUCUACAAAACCGAGUUGUAAGUCGUCGCUCUGUCGUGAAAACAUUGGAAAAAAAAAUUUAUAACAAAAAACAGUUCGAGCUCCAGUAGCUGUCGGAAAGAAAACUCAGCAAACUUAUGGACAUGUUUCAAAGUAUCUAAUGCAAAAUAUUGUUUCAAAUAUUUUUUGAAGAAUAAACAGAGUCGGUGAAACUUUUCAAAAAAUAUUUUUGACCUUCGAUGCAAUCAUGGAACAGUAUUCAGAAGGGAAACGCGGUUGAAGUGAUUAUCAUAUGAAAAGUUUUCAGAAGAUUGCAAAUUAUUUGUGACAGGAAUUAUAUAAAUGACACGGAAUGGAGGGGGUUACUAUCUCGAAAAACUUUUUGAGAGGACGAGGAGAGUUUUUUUGAAAAAGCAAUGACUUUUUUGAUUUCGUUCUUUUUCGCCUAACUCCCGAUUGAGGAAGUGCCUUGUUAUGCUUCUAUUUGGUUCUGCUUAUGGCUAUCAAACUUUCCCUCGACUAACUGAGUUUUUUUUUUCUGUAACUGUAGGAACUAACUUUCAUUUCUAAUCUUCCCACUAUCACCUCUUGACAUCGCACUAUUUUUUCCAGGCACCGUGGAAUCAAUUUCUUCUUGCCAGCGUUUUCAAAACUGUGGCUGGAUGAAGAAGACGUUGGGCAGGAUUUGUUAAUCACCGAUCUUUGCGUUCGUGAGCUUUGUUCGUGCAAGGAUGAAGUUGAAUUUCAGUCGGGCAUCGAAGAAGAAGAAGGUCCACGGAUCGAAAUCAUAAUGGAAGAAGGCGUGGCUGUGGUAUCAGAGGAGAGCAAAGCAGUCGAGUUCUUUUCCAUACGAAGACCGGAGAAAAAACAAUGGUUUUCCAGAGUGAAGCCAGAUGCUUUGAAACAAUUGAUCCGGUGCUUCCAACGUGCGGCCACCAGCGAAGAAAGUCAAGCAGCCUCUAUCGGAGACGAUGCUUUGUAGGACCCCACAAGUCUGUGAACACAGAUCCCUUUUUCCAGGUACAUUCGGUUUGCGGACGUCAUGGCGAAGUCGGUCCACAUUGAGGAAGAAGAUGAAGAAGACGGCGAAGAAGGGGAAAUCGAUCAAGCUGUGAGGCUUGGCUUAGAAAUUCGACAAGAUACUUUUUUUUAACAACUUCAUAAUUUUCUGACAAGUAGUAGUUAACUUUCAAAAAUAAGAUAAAACGGCGCUAGGAGCAGAAUGUAAAAGUUUAUACUUGCUUCAGGCAAAGGAAGAACAGUCACAAGCUCUUCGCGACGAACAAGGCGUUCUGGCAAGUCGCGGCGCCGCCAUAAUGAGUCUGAUGUACCUGUCGGCGUCGAACGGCGAGCCGAACGAGAUGGUCGCCCAGACUCUGCAGCUUGGAAUCCACCUGCUAAGUGGCGGAAACGUUGAAAUCCAGAAGGUCGCUUCUUCGUCUGUGAAACUUCCGCAUUUUGAAGUUUCAGAUGCUCAUCGACUAUCUGCAACUCAAGAAGGACGUCCGCUUUUUCACCUCAAUGGCAGGGCUCAUGAAUAAAUGCUCCGUCCUCAACUUGGAAAUGUUCGAAAGACAAAUUAAGGUUCAUUUUUUGCCGUUUUUCUAAUGUUCGAAAUAUAAUACUUUUUUUCAGAUUUUUUUGAACAAAAACGAUCGGGACUUAAUUUAGAUAGUUAAAUAUCGUUUUCUGAGCGUUCAAAGACAUCUGAACGUGCUUCAAUUUGUGGAUUAAUGAUGAUAAUGGAGAUUCAACGUAUACGCAGAGAUUGCGGCUAUGAUAGUUCUUUCACCACUGUCUUAAGAUCAAUUUUCAUUUACGCUAUCAGCAAAACAGUACGAAAAGAAUAGGUUUCAACACCUCUUCGAUAUUUUUUUGUCUCAAGCAAACGGUGAAUGAAUUACUAAUAUUUUAAGAUUAAAUAUAUUUUUUUGUGGCGGUCUCAUAUUAACAAACUUUUUCGGAUGAUUCGACUUUUUCCAUACUUUCAAAUAAUAAAUCUUCAUAACGAAACUGAUAUAUUUCAACAGUUUCGAACCUUUUUGUAAAUACAAAAAAAUGUUAUCGUUUUCAAAUGUCCUCCUAAAAAUUUUAUUUCCCGCCUGUAUGUGAUGCUGAAAUCGUUGACUCUGAACUCAAUAAUUUAUACGUGUCAAUACUUUGAUUACCAGAUUAAAAUAAUACAUUGACUGUACGUGCCCAUCAACACGACAUCACAUGUGCCGAGUAACUUCUAGCGCGUGAGACUAACAGAAGCGGCGUCGUCGCGGAAGGACUCUAUUAACGUUGGCUUGCAGAGCCUCGACGUGCACGGCUCCCAGUCCUGGUGCUACCGGCACCCGUCGCGCGGCCGCACCGUCAGCCAUGGCGCGAUCCUCUCCGCCGCUCCUAGGGCACGUUCCUCAAACUCUCGUCUGCGUGUCAUUUCUGUCGUGUGCCAGCUUCAUUUUCCAUUUCAAAGAACUAACCCAAAAAUUAUCAUACAUCAAAUAGUUGCUUCGUCCGAAACAAUGGUACUGCUCGAAAUUUUCAAAGGUGGUGGGGCAGCAUUUAUAAUUUUUCAGUCUGUUUUUAACCCGUUUAUUUGAUUGUUUUCUAUCAUAAAUCUCAUUCCAAAAAGUUUGAAGUAGUGACUAGACUCACUAUCCCAAGUAUGAAAAAAACUUUUUGAUUUUCUAUUUCGGAAUGUGAAGUGGCCUGCUACUCCCGCAGUCUUUUGGUCUUUGCUCACCCUGCAGCUCGUUCGUCUGCUUUCACGCUUUCUUAAUGUGAAAAAAGGUGUUCAUGAUAACUUGAGAUUGAUCAUACAUGGGUGCACCAUAUUUGGUAAAAUUUUGGACAACCUUCAAGGUUUCAGACUAGCCCAUGUAUGGUAUCAUAAUUUGAAAAAACAGGCUUCCGUUCUUUCAUGUCGACAUUUUUUUUCUAUUUGGAAUGACUCUACUCGUGUCGUCUUUCUAUGAAGCACGACCUUUUCUGCUUUGGUCUCCAGAUCGAAAUAAGAAAAAAUCUCCGGUUGAAAGACCCAAAUAAUUAGUUUUUAUUUCAGGCCGAAGGCCUGGGAAUGGGAGCCGAGCUGGCCUCAGGCGACAACCAGAACCUCAACGACGCCGACUUCACGUGCUCGCUUUUCCGUUUCCUGCAGCUCACUUGCGAAGGACACAACAUCGGUUUUUCUCAGUCUCUCACAAAAAGGCGAAUUUGCGCUUUUCAGACUUCCAAAACUAUCUUCGCACUCAGCCAGGCCACACGACCAGCGUCAACCUGAUCAACUGCACCGUCGACUACUUGCUGCGGCUCCAGGAGUCCGUCAUGGACUUCUACUGGCACUACUCCAGCAAAGUGAGCUAUUCUACCUAUAUGAAAAGAUACUCAUUCAGGGCUGGUUGAAAUCAAAAAAGUAAUAAAGACUUUUAGAAAAUUUUAUUAAGAAGGCAAAAAAAAACUUUGAGUGAGAAUCAAAGCUACUCAGGAAAGUGAAUUAUUUUGAAAACCCAAAGAUAAAAUGAUCAAAAGUGAAGUAUGAUUUAUAAAAAAAAAUUUUGCAGAAAUAAAAUAUGUUUUCAAUUAUCAGAGAACUUUUUGUUUUUUGAAAAGACCAUUAGUUCUGCUUUUGAAGGAAGUCAUUGAUGAAGGCGGCAAAGAAUACUUUCUGCGGGCGAUUCAGGUGUGCAGCCAAGUGUUCAACACCCUUACAGAGUGCAUUCAGGUACCCAACUUUUUCUCAAUUUUUCGAAAAAAAAAAGAACAGUUCGGAACAUUUAGGGUCCUUGCGUCGGAAAUCAAAUGACUCUGGCCAACUCUCGACUUUGGGAUGCGAUCAACGGAUUCUUCUUCCUUUUCGCUCACAUGAUGGAGAAGCUCUACAAAAACUCGACGCAACUGGAGCUCCUCCGCGAGUUUCUCAACCUCCAGAAAGACAUGAUCGUUUUGAUGUUGUCCAUGUUGGAAGGUACAAUCUUUCUGCUGAUUUCUCAGUGACCCGCUCUUUUUCAAAGGUAAUGUCCUGAACGGACCCAUCGGAAAGCAGAUGGUGGACGCGUUGGUCGAGUCACAGCCCUCGGUUGAGAAAAUCUUGAAGUUUUCCGACAUGUUCCUCAAAUUGAAGGACCUCACAACGUCACAAGCCUUCCAGGCAUCUGCCUUAUUUCUAUUCGAAAAUAACAUUUUUUCUCAGGACUUUGACACGAAUAGAGAUGGCUGGAUCAGUCCCAAGGAGUUCCAGAGAGCCAUGGAAAGCCAAAAGAUGUACACUGUGUACGUGAGCCGAAGUUGUCAUGUAAACUGAGCAUCAAAAAAGAGCAUCUGACAAAAAAACAGAUCGAAUUUAGAAACAUCAGUUAAUAGUGAUUGCGUAUAUCCUACUUGAACAUUUCCAGCUCUUGUUUCAAACUUUAAUUUAAGUUUUCUGGCCUUUUUUUUGAAGUUCAUUUCAAUGAUUUUUUUUUCGGUUAGUUUGAGUUUUCUGUGCAACUUCAUUUCCUGUUGAAACCGGCCAGAUAAGGAAAUCCUAUUUGCAGAGAGGAUAUCACCUACCUGAUGAUGUGCACCGAUGUGAACAACGACGGAAAAGUUGACUAUAUGGAGUUCACUGAGCGGUUAGUUUCGCUUCUCAUUGAGGAUCCACGGACCACUUCAGCUUCCACAACCCGGCCCGAGACAUCGGUUUCAAUUUGGCUGUGCUCUUGACAAACUUGAAAGAGCACAUAACGAAUGAUCCGCGGUUGGAGAAGAUCAUCGAAAAGGUUUUUGACCAGCAUUUCGCGAAUCUUCAAAAUAUUUUCAGGCUCAAACGCUUUUGGAAUAUUUCGAUCCGUUUUUGGGCCGCAUCGAAAUAAUGGGGUCAAGCAAGAGGGUCGAGAAGAUUUACUUCGAAAUUCAAGAGUCUUGGCUUGAACAGUGGGGCAAGCAACAGAUUCGGCAAGUAUUUGUUUAUGCGAAGAACUGGUAGCUAGAUUAAAUCCUUUGAAUAAAAAGAGCAGACUUGAAUCUUUUAGGACAAGAUUUCCUGAAAUGUGCUCAAGAUCACUCACCAUUUUGCCUGCCUCUUUUUGUGGAUUUUUCUCAGUUUGAUAAUUCAUUUUUACUGGAGCAAAAUUUUUUAGCGAAUUUUGUUCUCUAGCACUACGUAGAAUGUUUUCUAUAAAAAAAAAACUUUACCUGAUAUCGAAAUUUUAUAGUGACUCGAAGAAUUCGUUCCUGUUCAACGUGCUGCAGGAUGAUGGAGGAGACCAAGGGAAACUGGAGGCAUUCAUCAACUUCUGCGAGGACACCAUCUUCGAAAUGCAGCACGCGGCCAAGAUUUCUUCCGGAGACAACGACACGAAAAUGGAGCGAGCCAUGAAACAACGCGACUAUUUCCUACAGCAGACCACCACUUCUGAGUUCGGAGCUAACCUUGGGGCAAAACGCAAUUUUUGCUUCAGACAACUUUCAGAGACCUUCAAAAGUGGCUACAACCUUGGUAUAACUGCGGCGUCGGCUCUCAGGCCUGAAAAUAUCAAACAGACAUACAAGUCGAUGAGCGCCGCCAUGAGGUCGGGUUUCAGAAGCGUUUGAAAACUGGAAGCGCGAAAUAAAUGUAGAAAAAUGCGAGAAGAUUGCUUUUAGUUUCUUUUUUUCCAAAUGAAAUGGUUGAUUUAAAGAAGGAUUCAGAUUUUGCUGCAGUUGGUAAGACUUCUGGAACCAUUGAACAACGUAGUCCAUUGAUAUAUAUGUAAAUUCACAGACUAAAUCUGAAGAUAACAGAGAGUUUUUUACGAAUUUUUUCCAGACAAAUGACUUGGACGCAAUUGAUCUACUCUCUGGUGGUGCUCCUCUUCCGUCUGGCUGUAUCCAUCGGUUGGGGCGGUUAUCUUCUUCUGAUAACCAUCGUCCGCUUCGCCUACUACCUCACGACGCCUCCAAGCGACACUGACGCCGAAGAUCACAAAAAUCACGCAAAUGGGUAUUUUGCCGACGGUCGCAACUUCAGUCCCCGGUUUUACAGAAUUCGGCCAACCAAUUUUGCUCAUCCAGUCCUACCGGAGUUUCAUCAUUCUCACGUUGGCGUCGACGCGUUCGGUGUUGGUGAGUCAUCGGGUUUUGCCCCGGCUCCGUGCUGGUUUCGUCGGCGUCUGGAAACCUUUCAGCAGUACCGCUCGAAUUUUUGAGUUGAACCUUUUUCAACACGAUUUGGGGUUUCAAUAAAUCAACAGAUAAGAAAUAACCGGAAAAUUUUCUCAUUCAGAAAAGGCGAAACAAAAAUCAAGUCUUUAGAAAAAAAUGAAGUUGUUUCGAAAAAAAAAAUUGGUGUCCACAGUUCAAGAAGAAUUUCAGGAGUCGACGCUAUGCCGCCUAGUGGAACUAGCGAAGAGUUCGUGCCACCUCCGACGGCACCAGAAGACGACGUAAGGAGUGAAGUUCCGACAGAAGACGUGCCGCUGAUCAACGAGCCGACGACGUCGCCGCCGAGUUCGCCACAGGCGGCCGCCAGCAAAGCGCCAAGCAUCUACGAAUCGAUCGGAGCCCCGCAGAUGGUGCAGCUCCAGUCGGAGGCCGAGUUCAUUCAGACGCAGUAUGAACCGAAAAUCGCCGAAUCGAACGCUGGUCGCAGCCGUGGUUCCAUCAUGGUGAGUUUGACCUUGAGUCAUUUCGACAUGGUAACAAGUCACUUUUUUGAAAAACAGUUCUGGAAAUCAUGUCCUCAAAGGUAUCAAGGGAAUCCAAUUUCCUUCAUAUAUUUCCAGGCAGAGAAUUACCAAAUCAAUACAGUCUAUUUUUUCGGGAAAAAAAGGAUUGGCGCUCUAGCUGAGCUAUAAUAAAGAAGAAAAGAAAUCUGAUUCAGAACAUGCUUGCGCGAAACUUCAAAACCAUUGAGAAGACUACUCUUUAUUUGGCUUUCUUCAUCAACGUGAUUCUCCUCUUUCAUCGCGUCGACAUCAGCCGUCAACCCGAGCCAGGCAUAUUGGCCGAUAUUCUGAUAAAAGAAGACAAGCUUUUCUUGCAGAAGUUCCAGCGUUGGAGGCGGAAGACGACGAAGAGUCCACCGAAAUGAUCUACAUUACAGGCGUUCUUGUGCCCUAUAUCGACUAUGAACUCAGCGGAUGGGUCUUGGCCCAGGUUUUCUGCUCUUUCGAAUAAUGUUCCUCCAACAAUUUGUUUUUAGACGUUGUAUUGGAUCAGUGUUCUUCAUUUGACAACUUCAAUCGCUCUUCUCUUCUCCUUCUACAAGCUCAAGGUUGGUGUAGUUACUCAAGUUUUUAAUUUGUUAGUAAUUUAAGAAACAGAAAAAAAUAAUUGAAAUUAAGAAAAAUUUGAAAAAAUCUCCAUGAACUCAGAAGCGUGCAAUGUGAAAAAAAAAAUGGAAAUAACUCAAAAAGAAACUUUUUAAAAACUAAUUUUAAUCUAUCAUCUAAAUAGAUAUAUUUUAUUGUUUAGAUUCCGCUUAUCACGUUCAAAAGAGAGAAGGAAGUGGCAAGAAAGUUGAUGUUCGACGGCUGUUGGAUUACUGAGGACGACAACGAGGAGCUGGGAAUCGUCGACAUGUGCAUGUGGUCGGUUCUGCAUCUGCUCUACUCGAGGAUAAUUAUUUUGAAUCUGUUUUUUGCAGGUACCUCGAUCGAAUCGUCAUUUCUUCCAAGUCUUUCCCAGACAUGUACUGGGACAAGUUUGUCCGUCGAAAAACCCGUCAAAAGUUCAAAGAUCAAGUCGAUGACGAAACUUUGGUUUCGAUUUUGGGCGAAGAAAAGAUUUCCACAGACACGAGCAUUGAUUAUCGGUAGGAAGAAAAAAAACGAGAAAAAAAGAUGAUCUGCGAAUGCAGAUACAAUUGUUGGCUUAUGCUCGCGGUGAUUCUCACUAAUGGCCAGUUCCUCUACCGUGUCGGCUACUUCCUCUGCUCUGCUUGUGGUUAGUUUGUCCAUAUAUGGUCGCAAAAAAAAAGAGAGUCCGAACUCGUUCAAAAAAUAAAAUAACACGGAAAAGUUAUAAGAAACAACUUUUGAAUUUUUCGGCGGCGUAGUGUGCCCGAGGUGUAUGAAAACAAGGUUUCAGAUCCUGAUAACAAAAGUUUCACUCGUUGAGCACAUUUUUUGGCUUAGUGUUGGGUCCCCUGUUAGGAAAAAAAACGUUUUUCGAGAGAACUCCCUUGGCGCAGCUCACCUGAACACCGAUUUCUACUUAUUUACUCACUUUACAUAUCACGGAGUCUCUUCUUUCAGGUGUCUUCUUGUCACCCUUUUUCUACGCUUUCCACCUCAUCGACGUCGUGCUCUCUUUCCCUAUGCUCAAAGCCAUCCUGCAGUCGGUCACUCACAACAUGAAACAGGUUGGUUCGGACUCACGCGUGUCUGAUGAGUUCGUUUCAAUUUGCAGCUCAUUUUGACCAUCAUGAUGACGUUGGUGGUUGUGUAUCUGUACACAGUGAUUGCCUUCAACUUCUUCCGCAAGUUCUACGUUCAGGAAGGAGAGGACGGCGAGGAGCCCGACCGCAAGUGUCACAACAUGCUCACUGUACGCAGUUCUGAAAAAUAAUUGAAAAAACCGCCCUUUACGGCAAACUCAAAAUUAAAAUUUUUUAUUGUUACUUCUGCUACAUUUCAUCUUGCCACACAGAGCUUUCAUAAAAAAUGGUGGUGCCGGCUGAAGAACUUUAAAAAAUUUAUUAACUUUUUUUCAGAUAAUACUGAAAAAAUUCAAAGUUUUCUUUUUGCGCGUUCUAGAGUACUUUUGGUGCGUAAAACCAUUAGCGUCAAAUGCGGCAAUUUACUUAUAUAAUAUUUUCCAGUGCUUCAUUUACCAUUUCUACGCCGGAGUGCGUGCGGGAGGUGGUAUCGGAGACGAGUUGGAAUCGCCCUACGGCGACGAACUCGAGUACCCGCGAAUGCUCUACGACGUCUCUUUCUUCUUCUUCGUUAUCAUUAUCUUGUUGGCUAUCAUGCAAGGUACUCUUGCAUCUUCAGUCGACUUACUUUGUCUUGACGCUCAGGUUUGAUCAUCGACGCGUUCGGAGAGCUGCGUGACCAGCAAGAGAGUGCCACGGAGAAACUCGAAUCUUCCUGUUUUGUCUGCGACAUCGGCAAGGAGACUUUCGACAGGCUGCCUCGUGGGUUCGAGAUUCACACCACCAAGGAACACAAUUUCGCCAACUAUUUGUGAGUUUUGUUUCACCUUGGCUUGCCAAAAAAAAAUCGAUAAAUUAGCGAAUGAGCAGAAAUGAAAAAAAAAUCAAAAAAUUAGUUAUUAUGUGUAUUGGAGGUUCUUCCUGCAACAUCUCGUUAACAAGGACGAAACUGAAUACACAGGUCAAGAAACUUACGUCCGUGAAAAGUACGACAAUCGGUGGGUUGAAUUUUCAAGCCUUCGUUAUAUGCCAAUUUCAGCGAUUGGGACUUCUUCCCCGUCGGCGAAUGUUUCGUCAAACAGUACGAAGAUCAACUUCUACAGUCUUAGAGACUUUAAUUUUUAUUUUGAAUUUUAUUUCUCAAUACUCAUUGCUCAUCAAAAAAUGGUAGCGGGUAGCAUUGCCCAUUGAUACAAGCCUCGAUAUCUAUUAUGUUAUAGGUUUUGUAAUGUUUCGUUAGUGGUAGCUGACUGUAUCUGCCCGCUUUCACACUAUUUAUUCAGGUUACCUUUUCUUUCACAGUUACGAACGAUUCGUCAUUGUACGUAUGUGCCUUUAAUUUUAUCUUUUUUUAAAGUGCGAUGGAUAAAUUUUGUCUCAUAAGAUACAUUUUGAGCAAAUGAUUGACCGGUCAGAAGAGGAAAUUAUGCCGAGUGGGUGUAUCAAUGUCAAAUCGGGGCGCUAUAACUGAUUUGUUGGCCUCUUCUGUGCGCUUUGGACACAUGACGUCAGUUUUUUGUUUGUUUGAGAUCAAAUUUAGAAAUAUGAUUAUUCACGUGAAAAAAUUUUGUUCUUUGCAUUUUGUGGCGUUUUCAUUCUAUAUGAAGGACAAAGAUAAGCAUCAAACUGAUAAUUGGCAAACAAGCAGAAAAUUCUCUCAAAAAUGGAAACAUACUUUUUUUGAGUUUCUUUUUAUUCAAAGGAACGUUCAAAAUAGUUUACAUCAGAAAUGAUCCAUAGAAAGUGUAAAUUUGAAGAAUAUUUGGAGAGUUUUCAUCAUUUGGAGUUUCGAGAACUGUUUUGAAGGCGGCAAGAGGCUUCAUGGGUGAGGUAUCUUCCUCAAAGGGCCGUAAACUAUUCAUUCUCGAUGCGAAAACACUUUUAUUUUCAAGUGAAAGAGAAAUUCACAGGCUUUUUUGAUUCACUACACGGUGUUACUUUUGUAAAGCUUCGUGCUUUUUGAGAGAAAUUAGAUUUUUAACAAAAACCUUUUUCCAAUUUUUUUAUUUGAAUUUGAAUGUUCAUCUUUUAGAAAGAAGUCUUGAGAGAAGGUUAUACUUCUUCAUAGUUUUUUUUAAACCUUAACCAACUUCGGCUACAGUAGGAGCGUCUGGGACUCUCUGAGCGUUGUCGAUCACUCGCCUUGUACGCAGCCAAAUGGCAAAGCGUGGGAGAAUAUGAUGGUCAGCGGACGAAGGGCGGUCCUCAGGUCGGGCAAUACCGAUAGGACCCAAAGUGCGUCUGCACUCGACCCCUUCCAUCAGACCACUUUCGUCUGUCUUGUUAUCGGUCUUUUCUAGUACUUUACUUUUUUAAAAAUUUAGCAGUUUAUUUUUUGCGUUCAAGAAGGCUUUCAACUGUAGCGAGUCUAUUCAUAAAUUCAUAAAUCGGCCUCGGUUGAAUAAUAGAUCAAACUGAAACUCCACAGUUUUCUUAUCUCUCCAACUCAACUUUUUUUCAGUUAUUAAAACACUUUUGAAGUUAGUCAACAUUGAUUUCCUCUCAAAAAAUCAGAUUAGGAAAAACUGAAAAGAGGGUAGGAACCAUUUUAGCGAUUUCUUUUUCUGACCAAUGAAAAUGAGUCGAAAGGCUUGUAGAAACAUGAUCGUUCCGUUUUAAGCCGAGAAAUUGAACAACCGAUUCGACAAACAUGAAAAGUUCGCCAAAUUUGGAGAUGAAUCAUGAAAUGACCGUAACCGUUGACGUAGACAGACAAAGGGGAGGAGUCUGCCGAACUGUCCAUAUUAGGCCCUUUCCACGCCAUUUCGACCGAUUUCCUCGUCCUUUGCCUUCUUUUUAUCGUGUCUGUUUAGGAAGUCAUUCAGCUUGUAUGUUUGUCUUUUGUCCCGACCUUCAGCUCAAAUCUAAAAUGUUUCGAUAGCGCACGACUUUCAGGCUUUCGCUGUUGCAAGUGUUCUGAGUGCACUUGCAGACAGCGUAGGUUCGAUCUCGGGACAACCAACUGCCAGAAAAUCAGUCGAAUUGUCGCAGAAGACGGGCUAGCGCAGGCCGCAGCCAAUCUUAAGGUGAGGAGAGUCAGGAAGCUUCACAGCUCAUUUCUGCUCAGGUGAUCCUCGUCCGCCCGAGCGACACCUUCAUCGAGUACCUCUCGUACCUCUACGACAGAUCUAUAUCCGGAGCUCCGCCUUGGUUUUCCUAA